AUGGGUCGGGAAAUCCGUAAGUCCGAGGAAGCGCGUGUCCCUCACGCGCCCCGCUCAGGCGCAACGCAGACAGCAGCAGCAGCAGCAGCAGCCCACGGCGGUCCAGGCGGGGCGAAGAUCGUUUCAGCCGUUGGCUUUCCCCUCGUCCGCUCAUCCGCCUCUGACGGCGCCGGCGCCACCACGAGCGCCAUCACUCCGGCCGGCAGCGCGCCGAUCAAGUACCACGGCGGGCCGGUGGUGGUGGGCGCACCGACGGUGAACAUUUACCACAUCUGCUACGGCAGCUGGGGGUCGGGGUCGGGCAAACGUGACAGACUCGUUCGUGCAGGCGCUGAGCAGCGACUCGGGCAGCCAGGGCAGGGCGGCGGACGCGAGUGUGAAGGCGUGGUGGGCCAUCACGGCCGCGUACUACCAGAAAGACGCUGCCGGGAUGAAGAACGUGAGCUCCAAGGUGAGACAUGUGCACCUUACAUGUGUUGGUUUAGUCCUGUUCAUAAUCACCUCUCACCCCUCACCGGCGCACACGCACGCUCAACUACAUGCACACGCGCUGUCUCACCCUCCCCUCUGUCCUCUCAUCCCCGUGCCGCCAACCACCCCCCUGCUGCUGCCCGUGCAGUUGUGAAGAGCAAGUUGGGGGCGGGCAAGCCAUUGGCGCUGGACCCACAGGGCCUGUACGUGGUGCUCACCAGCGUCGACGUCACUCUGGGGGGCUUCUGCUCCGAGUACUGCGGGUGGCACACGCAGGACUCGCUCAACUCCACGCCACUGCGCUACGCCUUUGUGGGGCACCACGGGCAGUGCCCCGACGCAUGCGGGGUGGAGAGCACGUCACCCAACGGCAAGCCUGCCACCGACGCCACGAUCUCCACGCUCGCGCAUGAGCUCACCGAAGCUGCCACUGACCCAAAUACGAAUGCGGGGUGGUUUGACGACAACGGCGAGGAGAAUGCGGACAAGUGCUCAUGGGACUACGGCAGCACCAAGAGGGGAUCGCUGCAGAACGGGCAGAGCUACGAGUACAAUCUGGUGGGGUUGAACGGGAUGAAGUUCCUCGUGCAGCUCAAUUGGGACCGCAUGAGAAGCAAGUGCAUCCUGCAGAACGCCCUGCCUGCUGACAGUAGUGGUGGGGGAGGCACUCCCUCUCCCCCUUCCCCUCCACCCCCACCUCCCCCCACUGGAGGCAGUGUGAAGAUGAAGUGUGAUUGCAACUGUGCGAGUGCCAGCAACCCCAUGAGCUGCCAGUGCUCCUGCACCAAGACAGGGUGA